AUGAAUCAAACAAUAUCUCUCGGUCGCGUGCGACCUGCCAGGUUCUCUGCUUGCCGUAUAGCCUUUACAGCGACUCGUGUCUUUGUCAAACCAUACUCUGCAUCAACGAGACCAAGCUUUCUUGCCAACGAGCCUGAAGGCCCUCAACUCACCGUUGCGAUACCCGGGCCUCGCAGCAAGGCUAUUCUUGAUGACAUGGCCACCAUACUUGACACCCGCAACGUUAAUAUGGUCACCGAUUUCGAGGCAAGCACUGGCAACUACAUUGCCGACCCUGAUGGAAAUCUCCUCUUGGAUGUUUAUGCGCAAAUCGCUUCGAUCCCGGUUGGUUAUAAUAACCCCAAUCUGCUCAAGGCGGUUCAGUCGAGGGCCGUGCAGUCUGCGCUGAUCAAUCGACCCGCCCUCGGCAACUUCCCGCAGCAUGAUUGGGCAGAUAUUUUGAAGCGCACUCUGUUGAAAGCUGCUCCGCCGGGCCUGAGCCGUGUCUUUACCUCCAUGUCCGGGUCUGAUGCCAACGAACUGGCUUUCAAGGCAGCAUUCAUGUGGAAGGCCAGGCAGCGACGAGGCGAGGGCAAGAGCUUUACUCCGGAGGAAUUGAGGUCUUGUCUUGACAACAAGUCCCCGGGCUCGCCUAAUGUCUCCAUCUUGUCGUUUAGAAAGGGGUUCCACGGUCGCCUAUUCGGGAGUUUGUCCACAACACGAAGCAAGCCUAUUCAUAAAAUCGAUAUCCCGGCUUUCGACUGGCCGUGUGCACCGUUUCCGCAGCUGCAAUAUCCCUUGAGUGAUUUCGAAAGCGAAAACGCAAACGAGGAAGCUCGAUGCUUGGCAGAAACGGACCGUAUCCUGUCAGAGUCUCUUGGUUCAGUAGCGGCCAUGAUUGUGGAACCUGUCCAAUCAGAAGGAGGGGACAAUCAUGCCAGUCCUCGCUUCUUCCAAGCUUUACGAGGGCUUGCAGCCAAGCAUGAUAUCAUGUUCAUUGUUGAUGAGGUACAAACUGGAGUGGGCGCCACAGGAAAGUUUUGGGCUCACGAGCACUGGAACUUGGCAUCUCCACCAGAUAUGGUAACUUUUUCGAAAAAGGCACAAGCCGCCGGAUUCUUCUACCAAAAUGUUGCCCUACAACCAAGCACUCCAUACCGUCAAUUCAAUACUUGGAUGGGAGAUCCAGCCCGUGCACUGCUCUUCGGGGCCAUUCGCGAGGAGAUUGAACGCUUUGACCUGCUGCAGAACACUGUUGUAACUGGCGAUUAUCUGUACGCUGGUAUCGAGGGGUUGCGAAAGAAGUACCCAGACCAGAUAAAGAACUUGCGAGGCAAGGGAAUGGGGACUUUUAUUGCAUUUGAUACGCCUAAUAGGGACAAAUUGCUGGUGCAAGCAAAGUCGCUGGGCGUCAAUGUUGGUGGUAGCGGUGAGGAAGCUGUCAGGUUGCGGCCUAUGCUCAUCUUCCAGCAGUAUCAUGCCGACAUUCUUCUUGACCGGCUCGAGACACUUUUGCGGCCAUAA